CGCAGCAAGCAUGAGGCUCAAAUGGAUGGUCCACGCGAUGGAGGCGCCACCAUGACCACUGAGAUUGACACCGCCCACGACAAGGAUGCCCAAGCGCUCUUCGACAAGCAACAGAGACUAAAUGCAGAGCUGGAAGAUGUGAACGACAACGAGUACCGCGGCCAAACGGCUUAUCAACAAUUCAACAAGAUCAAAGACACGGUAGCUGGCAAUGCCUUUAAGAGCGGUGCCGGCCGCGGGCCACAGCGCGCGCCCCUGCACAUUCGCAGCAGCGUGCGAUGGGAUUAUCAGCCCGACAUUUGCAAAGAUUACAAAGAAACGGGCUACUGCGGCUUUGGUGACACGUGCAAAUUCUUGCACGACCGCAGUGAUUACAAGGCGGGCUGGGAGAUUGAUCGGGAAAUCGACCAGGGCCGCUACAACGCCGUCGACGUGAGGCAAUACCAGAUUGAGCACAGUGACUCGGACUCGGACGAUGAGCUUCCGUUUGCCUGUUUCAUUUGCCGCGAACCCUUCAAGAACCCCGUUGUGACUCCCUGCAACCACUACUUUUGUGAAAAAUGUUUGUUGGCACACUUUCGCAAAAGCAAGAAGUGCUAUGUCUGUUCGGAGCCUACGAAUGGCGUGUUUCGGCCAGCACGGGACAUUAUUGCCAAGCAAAAGGAGCAGGCCCAGGCCCAGGCCCAG